UUGCAGUGACAAAAACAGUGGUCUAGGAAAAUCCGCUGCGCAGUGAUCUGUGGGCACCCGCUGCAAAACCACUCCUUCUGCGGGUCUUGUAGUUGCCUCUCCGGUGAACGCGUGGGCCACUUUAAUUUGCACCAAAUUUUUCCCAGGGCUACCUGACAUAAAGGUCAUCCAACUGUGACGCAAACGUCUGUGGGACACGAUGGCAGUUUUCAGCGUACUUCUGAGUUUGGCUGCUCCGGCUCUGAUGUUUCUGCUCCUUCUGCUGAUCAUUGCGUUUCUCGGCUACUGUUUAUACAUUAAAUACAUUCAUAUGAAGUAUGACCACAUACCCGGGCCGCCUAGAGACAGUUUUUUCUUCGGACAGUCGCCAACACUUGUGAAGAUGAUGGAAAAUGACGGAAAUGUACAUGAAAAAUUUCUGGAGUGGGCCGAGAAGUAUGGACCUGUCUACAGGUUAAAUGUGCUUCACUAUGUUGCAGUGUGUACGUACUGUCCAGAAACCACCAAGGAAAUCCUGAUGUCACCAAAGUACCCCAAAGAGAAAUUAGCCUACGAGAAACUUUUCAACCUGUUUGGUCAGAGGUUUUUUGGCAAUGGUCUGAUAACAGCACGUGAUCAUGAGCAGUGGUACAAACAGCGCCGUAUCAUGGACCCUGCCUUCAGCAGCCUGUAUCUGAGAGGUCUAAUGGGAACCUUCAAUGAGAGGGCAGAGAAACUGAUGGAUAAACUCGCAGAGGUUGCUGAGAGUAAAACAGAAGCUAAUAUGCUCCACCUGGUCAACUGUGUUACCCUGGAUGUUAUUAGUAAGGUCGCCUUUGGGGUGGACUUGGACCUCCUGAAUAAUAGCUCACCUUUCCCUAAAGCCAUUGAGACAUGUCUGAGAGGAAUGGUUUACUAUGUCAGAGACAUGUUUUUUGAGUUCAAACCCAAGAACAGAGCAUAUGUUAAUAAGGUGAGGGAAGCGGCCCGUCUGCUGCGCACAACUGGAGCGAAGUGGAUCAGUGAGAGAAAGACCGCCAUACAAAACGGUGACGAGGUCCCCAAAGACAUCCUGACACAGAUCAUCAAAUCUGCCAGCCAAGAGGAAAGCAUGACUGAAGAAGACGAGGAAUUUAUGUUGGACAAUUUUGUGACAUUCUUCAUUGCAGGGCAAGAAACAACAGCUAAUAAACUGGGUUUUUGCAUCAUGGAGCUUGGAAGACAUCCUGAAAUCCUGGAGAAAGCAAGGAAAGAGGUGGAUGAUGUCAUUGGGAUGAAACGUGACAUAAGCUAUGACGACUUAGGAGAACUGGUCUACCUGUCGCAGGUGCUGAAAGAGACUCUGAGAAUUUACCCCACAGCUCCGGGCACAGCUCGCGAUGUAGCUGAAGACAUGGUCAUUGAUGGGAUCCACAUACCUGGGGGGUUCAGUGCUGUUUUCAGCUCCUAUGUGUGUGGGAGGCUGGACAGAUUCUUCAAGGAUCCACUGAAAUUUGAUCCAGACAGAUUUCACCCAGAUGCUCCCAAGCCUUAUUACUGCUACUACCCUUUUGCCCUCGGUCCUCGCUCGUGCCUGGGACAGAACUUUGCUCAGAUGGAGGCGAAAGUGGUGAUGGCCAAACUGCUGCAGAGAUUUGAUUUCACUCUUGUCCCGGGACAGACCUUUGACAUCCUGGAUGCUGGCACGCUCAGACCAAAGAGUGGAGUGGUGUGCACUUUGAGCCACAGGGAUCACAAAGAAUAAAAGGCCUUAAAUUACAUAAAAAGAAGCCAUAAUAAUAAUAAUAAUAAUAAUAAUAAUAAUAAUAAUAAUAAUAAUGAUAAUAUAGGAACAAUUUGGGGAGGGGUGGGUUUAAUGCCAUUCAUUUAAUCUUUCACAAAGCCAUCAUGCAUCUCUGUGUAGUGACUUUAUUAUAACCAGCGAGGUACACAACUUUUGCUGCAUAUAACACUAAUAUGUAAAUGGUGAAUGUGAGCAUUGAUUUGUUUGCUGUGCACUAAUUUCUGUCUCUCAGCUCCUCAGGCAGUGUACUAAUGUACACAUGAGGGCACUGAGAGUUUGAUGAGAAGUUUGUCUUUAAUCUUAGUUUUGCCUCGUAGGUCAUAUCAUAUGCAGUGAUGGCACUUUUGAGACUGAUUUCUCACCGUGCAUUACCAGUACAGUCAUGGUUAAAAAUCUGAGACAGUUCCUGGAUCAUGAAGUCACUGAUGCUAUUGAGUGAUGCCUUCAAGUUUCCCAGACCUGAAUGCAGCUGAGAACCUCUGGGAGCUUCUGCUUCAGUGCAUCUAAAUAGCACCAUGUCAUAUGCGAGUGGUAUGGUGAGCAGGGUGGACCCAAACACAGAACUCCAGAGACAAAUUGAACUUAAAAGGUGACUUUAUUUUAGAUAAGUGAAGGUAAAUGCAGAUGAAAGGCACUGAAACAAAAACUCAAACUGAACAGAUAACAGGACAAAACCACACCUUCAUGAGGGGGGACGCGACAAGGAACGGAGCAAACACAGGGGCUUAAAUACACACAGGAGGUAAUGUUGGAAAACAAGAAACAGCUGGGGAACACAGGGCACAGGUGAACAGAAUCUAACAAAUUAAACAGGGGAAGCGAAACUAGACAUGACACACAGGGAGCACUGGACUAUCAAACUAAAACAGGACGUAAACAAAGACAAAUGCAGACUUGAGCACAACAUGAGGAAAUAACAUAGACAAGAGGCCAGUAACUAAUAAACGCUGAACACUGAGACGUAGAAAGAAAAGAAUACAAAACCCUAACUAAACUCAAAACCAUAACAAACUGAAGACCAACAUGAAAGAAACCAAAUAAACAAAACAUAACCAAAAGAACACAAAACACUGGGCCACAGGCCCCGGAUCAUGACACACCACAGAUCAGAUCAGAGCAUCACUGAGCUCCUGGACAAAGGUUAUAUCUAAAAUAUAGAAAUGAGCUGUUUUGCAGAUAUAUUUAUGACUGUGUUAUUAGACCUCUCCUCUGUGUUCUGUAUUAAAAUCAAUCACAACCUGUUUGGCCACUUAAAAUAGCUUCAUAGGACUAUGAUGUCAUUUUUCUUGUAAUUCCUGCUGCCUUGUUGUGCAGAUUAAAAAAGAAAUUUUUGAUGUAAAUGAGAUUUUUUUUAUAACAAGAUAUAA